CUGCCCUCUGUUUCUCUCUCUAUCAUUCUCUCUCCACCUAUACAUACAUAUAAAUUCACACACACAUCUACACACACUCUCUCCGAAGUCAUAUUCUCGCUCAUCAUCGCCUUCGCAACACUGCUACAGCUAUCUGAUUGAUCGAUUGAAUCAGUUGUGGAGUCUUGGAUGUGAUUAUUCGUUAUCCGGGGCUUAAGCACUGGUAAAUUCUAGUACUCAUUUAAAAGAGGGUUUUGUUGGUCAAGAAUAAAAGGUUUGGAGGUCUAGGUCUCAUGAGAAUUGUCAGGGGAAUGCAGAGAUUGAUUCGUGCUGAACAGAGCAUAGCCGGCUGGAAGAAUAAAUCACUUACCCGUGGAAUUGGUGUGACUGCUCCCAAGGCCAGAACACGUGACAAACUGAAACCUGUGAAUCUCUAAUUUGGGUAAAAAUAAGAGGAUAAAAAGUGUCUCCUUGGGUUCUCAGUGAAGAGGGUAAGUAUGACUCGGAUUGUAGUGCAGCGAGGUUCUUCCGGUUCAUCAUCAUCAUCAUCGUCUUCAUCAUCAUCCAACCAAAACAGAUCAUCAACAUCACCACCUACUCCAUUGUCUUCUUUGGCUCCUCUGCAGUCACAAGCUUCUCUGCAGUCACAAGCUUCUCCACAGUCACAAGCUACUGGCACUUCUUCGCAGUCACAAGCAACAGUGAAGGAUGAAAAUUCGGUAGAAGUGCAAGAUCAGAAUGUACUGGAUGAUUUGUCAGAUCAUUGUGCUGUUUCAGACAACAAAAGUGAGGAUCCUUCUCCUGGAGGUUUGAACAGCAACCUGCAAGAUGAAAAAUUGGUAGAGGAUGAGAUAGUGCAUAAUGAUGACAGUGUAGGUCCCGGAGAUUUGGUUAAAGGGGUAGUAGGGAUGUCGAUGGAGGGGGAAACUGAUGCAAUGGUUGGAAGUUCUAUCCAGAAGAUCCCUGGAAGUUCAUAUCCACCACCACCACCUCCAAUGCCUUCCUCAGUGAACUCGACUUUUAGGAGAUCUCCAUCUGCGGACCCAGUUGCAAUUAGAAUAGGCCCAUCCAGGAGACCUGCAGCCUUGCCUGGUGUAUCGAUCAGAUCACCGCCAACUGAAUCUCGCCCAUCUUCACCUCGGUCUCAUUGCGAAGGUGAAGGAUAUAACAGUGCUGAUGAGCAAAGCCAGAGCUUUUGUUUGGGCUAUGAUGAUGCAGAAAAAGAACGCCAAUUUGUGAUUGAUUUAAGGCGAGUGAAAGGCUUGGAAGUGAAAAAAAUGUUAGAGGAUGGGAACUGUCUUUUUCGUGCUGUUGCAGAUCAAGUAUAUGGUGAUUCAGAUCUAUAUGAUUCGGUUAGACAGAUGUGCAUUGACUAUAUGGAACGGGAAAGAGAUCAUUUCUCACAGUUCAUAACAGAAGGUUUUACUCCCUAUUGCAAGAGGAAAAGAAGAGAUAAGGUCUAUGGAAAUAAUGUGGAGAUUCAGGUUUUAGCAGAAAUGUACAACCGGCCUAUACAUAUCUAUUCCUACAGCACAGAACCUAUAAAUAUAUUCCACCGAAAUUACCAGACCGACGAGCCCCCAAUUCUGCUAAGCUACCACCGUGGAAAUCACUACAAUUCUCUUGUUGAUCCACUUAGGCGGACCAUUGGUGCUGGGCUUGGAUAUAGUUCCCUUCGAGGGACGGACAUUGAUGCGGGUAAGAUAAAGGCAGCAAUCAAAGCUCAACAGGAUCAACAAAUUGAUAAUGCACUUCUUGCUGAGGGACGCUUCUACUCGGACAUUGAGCUGACUGAGAGGGAAAUGGAACGCACGGUGAUGGAAGCUUCAAGGGCAGAGUAUCUAGCCAGUAAUAUGUUCAAGCAACAAGUCGGUCCUAUGGGGUCCUCGACUUCUGGAGCCGAACCCUCAUCCUCUGCAGCAAGAGCAUCCGGAAGUGUCUCCAGGCAGGAGGGAGAGCGGGAUCAGGGGUCCAGCCCAGGCCUGAGCAGCAGCAGCAUGCAGGUGCUGCUAUCUAUGGGGUUCAGCUAUCUGCAGGUGGUCGAGGCGUUUAGCAUUUUUGGAGACGACGUCGAUUCCAUGGCCUGUUACCUGAUUGAAACGAGCAGUAGUGGCAGAAAUAAAGGCAAAGCAACCGAGAAAUAAGAAUGAUGCAGCAGAGCUUUAGUCAGACUCUUUAAUCUCAUUUGCCAACAGCUUGUGGAAUUUUGAACUUGCUCUGCUUUUUUUGGUUGUUUUCAAUAUGAGAAAUACUCGAACCACAAAAUGGGAAUCUGCUAUGCUUAUCUUCCUUUAGCCA